AAUGAAGUAAGUCAUAAAAAGUCCAAUAACUUUACCACCGACGACGAACGACGUCGUUUCCACCAUCAGCGCCGUUAUCUAAUUACGAAAUCCCAACUCUGUAGAUUAGAUUAUUCAUAACUAAUCCCUCUCAUGAUUAAUCACCGAGAAAAUAACAAGGAAAACGAUAGAAACUGCAAGAAAAUUAAAAAACACUCACAAAGAGACAAACUCACUAAUUUUCUAUUCUUUCAUUUUCUUUCUUUCUUUCUCUCUCACUCUCACAUUGUGAUUGAUUUUGGUUUUUUGGAACUUCGAAUUCACUGUGCUGAUGGUGAUUUUCUACUCUUGUUUUUGUAACUUAAACCCUAACAACUUCAAACACUAAUCAGUUUCAAAGAGUUCGAUCUCUCUCUCUCUGUUUUUGUUAGCAAUGGCGCCAAAGCGAGGGAUUCAGUUUGUCAAGAACGGAAGCAAAGGAAUUCAUUUUCCUGUUUUGAGAUUCCUUCUCUUCUGUGUUCUUGUUCCCACUGUUUUCUUCUUUGGUCGUGGUUUUCAUGUUGCUGAUCAAGAUGAUAUUUCAGCUGUUCCAAAUACACAGCCGAUUGCCAAAUGGAGAGAAUGGCAUGCAUUGCAAGACCUCAAAUCAAUUUUUUCGAAAGAGGUCUUUGAUGUUAUUGUAUCCAGCACAGAUGAUAUGGGGCCUUUGAGUCUUGACAAUUUUAGAAAAAAUUUGUCUGCGUCAUGGAGAGUUGUUGGAUUAGAGACUUCAAAUGUUGCCGUUGAGGUAAAGCAACCAACAACACAUGUUAGACAAGAAAAACCAAAGGUGAAGGAAGGAAAAUCUUCAGAGGGUCUCGCUAAGUGGACUGAUAGCCCUGCACGACAAGUCCGAAGGCAAUUAAUAGAAAAAAGGCGGGAAAAGCGUGCCGCCGAGUUGCUAAAGAUGGACAAUGAAGUAAUCGUAAAACUUGAAAAUGCAGCUAUUGACCGCUCAAGAUCUGUUGAGUCAGCUGUACUGGGUAAAUACAACAUUUGGAGGAAAGAAGUUGAGAAUGAAAAUGCUGAUUCUUCUGUUCGAUUUAUGCGGGACCAGAUCAUUAUGGCUAGGGUAUAUGCGAGUAUUGCAGAGAUGAAGGACAUGCUUGAACUGUACCAAGAGUUGCAAUUUCGGCUCAAAGAGAGUCAACAUGCUUUAGGUGAUGCAAUUACUGAUUCAGAUCUUCAUCACAGUACACGUGAACAAAUAAAGGCCAUGGGCCAAGUUCUGUCAAAAGCACGAGGGCAAUUGUAUGACUGCAAGUUGGUCCCUGUAAAACUGAGAGCAAUGCUACAAACAGCUGAUGAGCAAGUUAGGAGCUUGAAGAAACAAAGCACAUUUCUCAGUCAGUUGGCUGCCAAGACCAUACCAAAUGGAAUUCAUUGCUUAUCUAUGCGUCUCACAAUAGAUUACUACCUCCUUCCUCCUGAAAAGAGGAAGUUCCCUAGGAGUGAGAACUUGGAAAAUCCCAGUCUUUAUCAUUAUGCACUAUUUUCAGACAAUGUGUUGGCUGCAUCUGUUGUUGUGAACUCAGCUGUUAUAAAUGCAAAGGAUCCUUCAAAGCAUGUUUUCCACCUUGUUACUGAUAAACUCAAUUUUGGAGCCAUGAACAUGUGGUUUCUUUUGAACCCUCCUGGAAAAGCUACAAUCCAUGUUGAAAAUGUGGAUGAUUUUAAGUGGUUGAACUCAUCUUACUGCCCUGUAUUACGGCAGCUUGAAUCUUCAAAAAUGAAAGAUUAUUAUUUCAAGGCAGGCCAUCCAACCCUUACUUCUGGUGCUUCCAAUAUGAAAUAUAGGAACCCAAAAUAUCUCUCAAUGCUCAACCAUUUGAGAUUCUAUCUUCCUGAAGUUUAUCCUAAAUUAGAUAAAAUCCUUUUUCUCGAUGACGACAUCGUUGUUCAGAAGGAUUUGACUGGAUUAUGGGAAGUUGAUCUUCAGGGCAAAGUCAACGGUGCAGUCGAAACAUGUGGUGAGAGCUUUCACCGAUUUGACAAAUAUCUUAACUUUUCAAAUCCACAUAUUGCACGAAAUUUUGAUCCAAAUGCUUGUGGUUGGGCAUAUGGGAUGAACGUAUUUGAUCUCAAGGAGUGGAAAAAGAAGGAUAUCACUGGCAUAUAUCACAAGUGGCAAAAUAUGAAUGAAGACAGAGUGCUGUGGAAGCUGGGUACAUUACCUCCAGGGCUAAUGACAUUCUAUGGGCUGACACAUCCGCUAAAUAAAUCGUGGCAUGUCCUUGGUUUGGGUUAUAGUCCAACUGUAGAUCGAUCAGUGAUAGAAAAUGCGGCAGUUGUACACUACAAUGGUAAUAUGAAGCCGUGGCUAGAGAUUGCCAUGUCAAAGUAUCGGCCUUACUGGACUAAAUAUGUCAAAUACAAUCAUCCCUAUCUUAAGAACUGUAAGUUACUUGAAUAGUCAAGAAUUCCUGAUAAUCUAGUUAUAAGAGAAUAGCUCUCUCUCUCUUUUCUCCAAUCUCCCCCGUUUUCCUUCAUCUUUCUGGCAUCGCUAUUUCAACUACAUUGUCUUGCUAGAAUGAUGAUCAUUGUUGUGGAACCUAGAAGGGAUAGGGUCAAUGCUUGUUCGGUGUUUACCUCCAACAUCAUUCCUUUCCACAUUGAUUUUAGUGUUUAAAGUUUAAUUCAUUUAAUUUGUUGUAUACACCAUUCUCACCCAUUCGAAACAAGGUACAGAAGUGGUUACCUUUGUUUACCAUAAUAACUCCUCAUUGUACAAUAUUCUGUUCUGAUGCUCAGACAGGACUUGAAGUUGAAUAUCAUAUUUCUAUAUUCUUUGAGAUAA